GGAGACUUCGCUGAACUCAUCGGACAGUACACCACAAAUGUUGUCGACGACGACACCGAUAGCUCGCACUCGUCAGAAGGGGUCAGACAUCGGGCGUCAACUACUGAAAUACCAGCCAUUGAUAAUAAUAAUGAUAAAUCAAAAUUAGUUGAAAACGAAACUGUAGAAUCAGGGACUGUCAAAUUUGCUGUGUACGCAAAAUAUGCAAAAGCCAUGUCUUGGUUUUGGGCAUCAACGAUGUUAUUAGCGUUUAUAUUUCAAAAUGGUUUCAAUAGUGGAUCGAGUUUUUGGUUGACGAAUUGGACCGAAGACAACGGUCCCGAAGACCGGACCGCAUAUUAUUUGGGCAUUUAUGCGGUGAUCGGACUUUUGCAGACAUUCUUCGUGUGGUAUUCGUGGUAUGCAAUAGUGAUCGGCGCUCUCCGGGCCUCAAGUAGUCUACAUAACAAACUGUUGACAAACAUAAUUCACGCUCCGAUGCACUUCUUCGACACCACACCUAUGGGUCGGGUUAUCAAUAGGUUUAGUAAAGAUAUCGAUAUAUUGGACCUAACCAUGCAAAUGACCAUAAGAGUGUUGGGCAGUACGGCUAUACAGGCAGUGGCUAUAUUGGUGACCAUUUCCAUUCAAACCCCGUUAUUCAUAGCAGUAUUCGUGCCGGUAAUGGGUGUAUAUAUUUUUAUACAAAGAUUUUACGUCACAUCCUCUCGACAAUUGAAACGCCUGGAGUCAGUCUCUCGGUCUCCGAUUUACUCGCAUUUUAGUGAAUCACUGAACGGAGUGUCGACUAUCAGAGCGUACGGCGCGAACGACCGCUUCAUUCAUGUGUCCGACCAGAGGGUAGACAACAAUCAAAUGUGUUUCUAUCCCAACGCUAUGUCCAACUGUUGGCUAUCAAUAAGACUCGAGUUUUUGGCAAAUUUGAUCAUAUUUUUUGCUGCAUUUUUGGCCGUACUUUCUAAGGAUACUCUCAACGGCGCACAGAUAGGACUGUCCAUAUCGUAUGCACUAAAUAUGCCCGGAGUAUUGAAUUGGGGGGUCCGGAUGUUUGCGGAGAUGGAGAACAAUGUGGUGGCCGUCGAGAGGAUUGACGAGUACUCGCAGAUUGAGUCGGAGGCCGAUUGGCAUUCAAAUAGCCCGCCGGCAGAGGAGUGGCCACAAGAGGGUAGAGUAGAGUUCGUUGAAUACGGCACCCGAUAUAGAGAGGGAUUGGAUUUGGUAUUAAAGGGAAUCGAUGUUAACGUAAGAAAGGGAGAGAAAGUGGGAAUAGUUGGCCGAACCGGUGCCGGAAAAUCAUCUCUAACUCUGGCAUUAUUUAGACUAAUAGAGUCUUCUUUCGGUAGAAUAGAGAUCGACGGCAUAGAUAUCAGUAAAAUAGGACUUCAGGAAUUGCGUUCAAAGCUAACAAUUAUACCACAAGACCCGGUGUUGUUCUCCGGAACUAUUCGUACAAAUUUAGAUCCGUUUAACAAAUACACGGAUGAGAGGGUGUGGACAGCCUUAGAGCACUCACAUCUACUCGAGUUUGUGAAGAGCACUGACGCCGGCAUUCAUUAUAAGGUCUCCGAAGGCGGCGAGAAUUUGAGUGUGGGUCAGAGGCAACUGAUGUGUUUGGCCAGAGCUCUGCUGCGGAACACAAAUAUCUUGAUCUUAGACGAGGCGACGGCUGCCGUAGACCUCGAGACGGAUGCUCUGAUCCAGACUACGAUCCGCAAUGAGUUCACUCGCUGUACAAUCCUUACGAUUGCCCACCGGUUGCACACUAUUAUGGACUCGGAUAGGGUUCUGGUGCUCGACUUCGGACGGGUGGCCGAGUUUGACGCCCCGCAGACUCUCCUACAGAAUAGUUCACUCGCUGUACAAUCCUUACGAUUGCCCACCGGUUGCACACUAUUAUGGACUCGGAUAGGGUUCUGGUGCUCGACUUCGGACGGGUGGCCGAGUUUGACGCCCCGCAGACUCUCCUACAGAACGACCGCUCAAUCUUUCACUCACUCGCCAAAGACGCCGGACUCGCAUAACACCACACAUACAACCACUCACUCGUAUUCUUCAAAUCCUGUAAAGUUGUAA